CUCGGAUAGAGACUGAGGGAGCCCGCGCCGCCCCCUUCUUCUUCUUCUUCUGCGUCCCUCAACUCUCAACUGAGUCGCGGAUGAAAAGAUGGAAGAGACACCUGCAUGCUGUGAUAGCCCCACGCCCCUGCCCACAACGACAUCACCACCGCCGCCGCCACAGGAACCCAACGUGCUGUACAGCCUAGACUCCUCACAGCUGAUGGAGGAAAUCGCUAACCUCUCCAGACAGCUCCUACAGGACGACAACAAGGAGACCAUCGCACUGGCUAAUAGCAUUCUCAACCUGACGGGGAACCUUCUGCCUGUCAACGGGAGCAGUUUGUCGAUAAUCGGAGACCUGAACGUGACUGACAACGAGAAUGCAACUCAGAGCACCCUGCUGGUCAACGCCUCCUUCAUCAGCAACGCUACAUCGAGGGGGGGCGGCGUCCAGUUCGAGGGAGAUGACGGUUUCGGCAACGACGCGGCUUGGAUUCUUACCGCUACCUUCAUUAUUUUCACCAUGCAGUCCGGAUUUGGCUUGCUGGAGUCAGGGUGCGUGUCGAUGAAGAACGAGACAAAUAUUAUGGUGAAGAAUGUGGUGGAUGUGGUGCUUGGAGGCUUCACGUACUGGCUCUUCGGGUACUCCUUAUCUUUCGGCAAGUCAGAGUGGACUAAUCCCUUUUGCGGGUGGGGGGACUUCGCUAUCAACCCAGACGAAUCAUCCAUGGGCAGGGUCUACACCACCUUCUUCUUCCAAAUGUCCUUCGCCACCACCGCCACCACCAUUGUGUCUGGCGCCAUUGCUGAAAGGUUCAACUUCGUGGCGUACGUAAUCUUUUCGGCGGUGAACACAAUCGUCUACUGCAUCCCCGCCGGCUGGAUCUGGGCCGAGCAUGGCUUCCUGUUCCAGCUGGGCGUGGUGGACAUCGCUGGCUCCUGCGGCGUGCACCUCUGCGGAGGAGCGUCUGCUUUAGUGGCCUCGAAGAUGGUGGGUCCCAGGAUCGGGCGGUAUGACGACGGGGAGGCCUCGCUGCCCAUGGGAUCGCCCACCAACGCCAUCCUGGGCAUGUUCAUGUUGUGGUGGGGCUGGCUCGGCUUCAACUGCGGCAGCACCUUCGGGAUCAACGGCCACCUAUGGAAAUACGCAGCUCGCACGGCCGUCACCACCCUGCAGUCCAGCAUCGGGGGCGGCCUGGCGGGAAUGAGCUUCUCCUGGUACAAGAAUCACCGUUUAGAAGUGGGCGACGUAGUAAACAGUGUGCUGGGGGCCCUGGUCUCCGUCACGGCCGGAUGCGCCCUCUUCACGUCCUGGGAGGCUCUCUUCAUUGGCCUCGUGGGUGGACUCAUCGCUGUGUUGGGAAUGCCGAUCUUUGAUAAGCUUCACAUUGAUGAUCCUGUUGGCGCUGUCGCUGUACACGGUCUCUGCGGCAUCUGGGCAAUGGUGUCUAUUGGGCUUUUCGUGCAGGCUGACUCUCUCCAGCAAAUGACCAGCGGGUAUUCGGGUCUCUUCAGAGGUGGAGGGUUCUAUCUCCUCGGCAUACAGUCCCUGGCCUGCCUUUGUAUCAUUGUCUGGUCAAUGUCUGCCACCUUCAUCAUCCUUUUCGCGAUUGACAAGUUCUUCAUGGGGAUCCGCAUGAGUGAGUGGGAGGAGCUGGUGGGAGCUGACUUCGCGGAGCACGGCAUCAGACGGCGCAAUGUUGGCGUGUCUAGAGCUGUAUCUGUGUUGGGUCUGCAGCACAAUGGCUUCGACUACAGUGACAUCUUACCACAGGGAGACAAUCCAUGUCACGUGAAGGUGCUGGGUAACCUCGACAUGCUAAGUUCACGCCGCGGUUCCACUCUGUCCAAGGCCGUGGCACAGGUGACAACCAAGAGUUUCAAAACGAAGCUACUACCCUCAUUCCUCCUCAACGGGAAAUCCAAAGAUUCCAAAGACCGCAAGGAAGGAAACGAAUUCUUCAACAGCAACCAGGUUACGCCCCUCGAUAACCCCAACACUCUUUCAGCAUGGCAGUGAGCGAUGCAUUUCAAAUCCUUCAAAACACUAUCAAAACUCGUUAACAUUGCUCAUGUCUUUGCCACUGGCCCUGUGGUUAGAAUGAAAUGAUUUUUUUUAUUAUUAUUAUUACAUAUUUGACUUAAUUGAUUUUGCUCUUAAUUCGGAAAUGUCAAUUUAUCGCAUUGAUCACUGAGUAGAUUAUAUGCAAAAACUUUAUUUGUGGAAGUUCGAUAGAGUUUAUUUGAAUCUUACUUCAAUCAUGAUUUACACAUGGUGUUUUGUUCAUAAUUCAUACUGUAACAUAUCUCUAAAUUAUGUAUACAUUUUAUGCCACGGAUGAAGCGUGGUAUGGCAAGAUAAGACGUACAUUUUGGCAGAUAAGAUUAGAAGAACGAAUGAUUCAAAGGAAUACGGGUAGAAUGGAAAGAGGAAGAGCAUAAAUCAAAUUCACAUGAGGGAGUCUAUUACGAAGACGAAACUCUGACUGUGAAGGCAACGCAACACUACAUACUGUACAUCGCCUCCUCCCGUCCUUCAAGGCUCAAGGCGAAGGAGCGAGGGACGCACAAAGCAGCAGACUGUAGCUCAGGAUGGAGAAAGCAAUAUAUACAAAUUGUUCUAAUAGAAUAGUUUAUAGUUCGGUGAGUAAAAUGUUAUCAUUAUUACCGUAGACUUUUAGACGUUGAUUUAAUUAUUUAUUUAGAUUUUAUUACUAAUACUAGUAAUUUAGUAGUAAUAAACUUAUAGGCUUUAAGACUAUACUAUAUUGUACAAUGUAAGUUGUGACACUUUUGUAGAUUUAUUAGUAAGUACGUAGUGUGUUUAAGUGACUGACAAUUGAA